AUUGUCAUUCAUUCGUUCAUUAUUAUUUUCUCUAUUUUUUUAUAGGUAAUACGCUUUCUAAAAAGGUACAUAAAUAUGGUAAUCUGAGUCUCUGUUAAUACCUGUAUAUCUUUUGAUUAUGGCUACAAAGCUUGGUUUAUAGCUAGAAAGAUUACCUAAAGAGAUCAACUAUGAACGGUGCUAUUAAUUAUGAAAAAUCUUUACAAUACUGGGCAGAUAUUCCGCCCACUGUUGAUGGAGUCCUGGGUGGAUUUGGAUUUAUUUCCGAAGCCGAUAUUGAAGGAUCCGAACUCUUUCUAAAAUCUUUACUGUCCUCUAAGGCUAGUCCUUCUACUAAAAUGGCCCUUGACUGUGGCGCUGGAAUUGGUAGAAUAACAAAAAAAUUGCUGUUACCAAAUUUUGAAAUGGUUGAUGUUGUUGAGCCUGAUGAUAAAUUUAUUAACUCGAUAAAACAAUAUGUGGGAGAGCUUUCUUCAAAACUUGGAAUGUUAUACAAGGUUGGCUUGCAGGAGUUUACACCUGUGAGGAAAUAUGACGUAAUUUGGAACCAGUGGGUUCUUGGUUACCUUACAGACAAGGAUUUAGAGGCAUAUCUUAUAAGAUGCAGAAAUUCACUGUCUAAAAAUGGUGUAAUAGUAGUAAAAGAAAAUGUAACUUCUUCUGGGAAAAUUGAAAAGGACUUGACAGAUUCCUCGGUAACCAGAUCAUACAAACAAUAUUUAUCAAUUUUUAAAAAGUGUAAUUUAAAGAGAAUCAAACAAUGUAAGCAAACAAACUUUCCUAACGGUAUAUAUCCAGUGUACAUGUUUGCCCUGGUUCCUAAAGAACUAGGAACUACAAAUCAAGAACAAAAUAAUUCUUGUAAUAUUGAACAAAAUGAAUUAGAGUUAUGAUGAAAUAAAUAACUAAAAAUUUA